CCUGAGCUCUGGGAUGGAGCCUGAGACUGUGCUGUGGGGCCCAGAUCCACAGGGUCCUGAACAGAGCCCCAGCGAUGCUCACAGAGGUGCUGAGAGUGGGAAUGAAGAAGAAAGCCCUCAGCAGGAAAGUUCUGGGGAGGAGAUCAUCUUGGGAGAUCCAGCUCAGAGUCCAGAAUUCAAGGACCCUCCAGAGAUGCCCCUGGAGAGACCUUCCCAGGAUCCCUCAGUUCCCCAGGACCCCUCAACCCCAUUGGGUCACUCCAGCCCCUUGGACCACCAGACCUCUCUGGAGUCCCCAGCCCCUGAGGUAGUCCCUACCCCAUCUGACUGGACCAAGGCUUGUGAGGCCAGUUGGCAGUGGGGGACCCUCACCACAUGGAACAGUCCUCCUGUGGUUGCCGCCAGUGAGCCCAGCCUGCGGGAGCUGGUGCAGGGCCGCCCUUCUGGGGCGGAGAAGCCCUACAUCUGCAACGAGUGCGGCAAGAGCUUCAGCCAGUGGUCCAAGCUGCUGCGGCACCAGCGCAUCCACACAGGAGAGCGGCCCAACACCUGCUCCGAGUGUGGCAAGAGCUUCACGCAGAGCUCGCACCUGGUGCAGCACCAGCGCACACACACAGGUGAGAAGCCCUACAAGUGCCCCGACUGCGGCAAGUGCUUCAGCUGGAGCUCCAACCUGGUGCAACACCAGCGCACACACACGGGCGAGAAGCCCUACAAGUGCACCGAAUGUGAGAAGGCCUUCACGCAGAGCACCAACCUCAUCAAGCACCAGCGGUCCCACACGGGCGAGAAACCCUACAAGUGCGGCGAGUGCCGGCGGGCUUUCUAUCGCAGCUCAGACCUCAUUCAGCACCAAGCCACCCACACAGGCGAGAAGCCCUACAAGUGCCCCGAGUGUGGCAAGCGCUUCGGCCAGAACCACAACCUCCUCAAGCACCAGAAGAUCCACGCGGGCGAGAAGCCGUACCGCUGCACCGAGUGCGGCAAGAGCUUCAUCCAGAGCUCGGAGCUGACGCAGCACCAGCGCACGCACACAGGCGAAAAGCCCUACGAGUGCCUCGAGUGCGGCAAGAGCUUUGGCCACAGCUCCACCCUCAUCAAGCACCAGCGGACUCAUCUCCGUGAGGACCCCUUCAAGUGCCCUGUGUGUGGGAAGACCUUCACCCUGAGUGCCACGCUGCUGCGACACCAGCGCACACACACCGGCGAGCGGCCCUACAAGUGCCCUGAGUGUGGCAAGAGCUUCAGCGUCAGUUCCAACCUCAUCAACCACCAGCGCAUCCACCGUGGGGAAAGGCCCUACAUCUGUGCCGACUGCGGCAAGAGCUUCAUCAUGAGCUCCACUCUCAUCCGCCACCAGCGCAUCCACACGGGCGAGAAGCCCUAUAAGUGCUCUGACUGCGGCAAGAGCUUCAUCCGCAGCUCCCAUCUCAUCCAGCACCGCCGCACACACACGGGUGAGAAGCCCUACAAGUGCCCCGAGUGUGGCAAGAGCUUCAGCCAGAGCUCGAACCUCAUCACUCACGUCCGCACCCAUAUGGAUGAGAACCUCUUUGUGUGCUCAGACUGUGGAAAGGCCUUCCUGGAGGCACAUGAGCUGGAGCAGCACCGGGUGAUCCAUGAGAGGGGGAAGACCCCAGCUCGAAGAGCUCAGGGCGACACCGUGCUGGGGAUUGGAGAUUCCACCCUGACUCAACCACCUGGAGCCAAACCACACAAGUGUCUCGUCUGUGGAAAGGGCUUCAAUGACGAAGGCAUCUUCAUGCAGCAUCAGAGGAUCCAUAUUGGAGAAAACCCCUAUAAAAAUGCAGACGGUCACAUGGCACACCCAGCCCCUAAACCUUCUCAGUUCCGACCCCCAAGGCUCCCUUUUGGCGGGAACUCCUACCCAGGCGCUGCGGAGGGCAGAGGUGAUCCCCCAGGACAGCCCUCUAAAAUGCCCGAGGGUCAAGAGAGCUUCAGCCAAAGGCUGGGGCUGCUCUCCUCCAAGUCCUAUAUUUGUUCCCACUGUGGAGAAAGCUUCCUGGAUCGUUCUGUGCUCCUCCAACAUCAGCUCACCCAUGGCAAUGAAAAGCCCUUUCUCUUUCCCGAUUAUAGGAUUGGCCUAGGGGAAAGAGCGGGGCCCAGUCCCUUCCUAAGUGGUAAGCCCUUUAAAUGCCCUGAAUGCAAAAAAAGCUUUGGUCUCAGCUCUGAGCUGCUGCUGCACCAGAAAGUCCAUGCAGGCAAGAAGAGCUCCCAGAAGAGUUCAGAGCUGGGGAAAAGCUCUUCCGUCCUCCUGGAGCACCUCAGGAGCCCCCUGGGGGCCAAACCCUACAGCUGCUCCGAUUGUGGGGCCUCCUUUCUGGAUCGCAUGGCCCUGAUGCGGCACCAAGAAACCCACACUCAAGAAAAGUCCCCCAGACCUGAGGACCCCCUUCCAGAGCCAGCCACCUUGUCCACAAGCCAAGAAAGUGAGGGAGAGGAUCCCAUCCCUACAGGGAGCAGCAGCCACAGGCAAGGGGAAAGCCCCAAAACCCUCUUGGAAGAAAAGCCCUAUGUGUGCCCAGAAUGUGGAGAUGGCUUCGCAGAAGUCGCAGCCCUCCUCCUCCACAGGAGCUGCCACCCAGGUGUCUCCCUGUGA